CCUGAGUUUAAGAUUGAUAAUAAUAAAACUAGAGUAGCUGGAUAAAAGAAUAUAAACACAAUGCCAACAGGUUCAGAGACAUUUUCAAAUCCAGUUGCUCCUGCAUCCAGUAAACCUAAUGAGCCAGAUGAAGACGAGCAAAGACUUACGAAUGCUGACUUCCGGUCGUUGCUGAUGACGCCCAGAGCACAACCAAAAGUUCCGCCUCCAUCAAAACAACGACCAGGUGCUUUGAAAGACUUCUCUGAGGCAGAUGAUGCUUCAGCUAAAAGAAGGAAGAAAAAAUUGUAUUAUGCAAAGUUGCGACAGCAAGAAGAAGAAAGACAAAAGGAAUUGGCAUCGAAGUACAGGGAUCGUGCUACCGAACGAAGGGAAGGAAAAAAUAGUGAUUAUCAAUAUAAUGAUGCUCCUGAUCUUGGUAAGACUGCUGAAUAUAGAGCAGUUGCUCCCACUGCUGAUCAAGUUAACUCUGCAGCAGAGCGUCGUCGAUUGGCUAUUCAAGAAAGUAAAUUUCUGGGAGGAGACAUGGAGCAUACUCAUUUGGUGAAAGGACUGGAUUUUGCAUUACUCCAAAAAGUUAGAAGUGAGAUUGCUUCAAUCGAAUCCGAAGAAACAGUGGAAGAAAGCACAACGAAGAGUGACAAAAAGGAAGAAAACAAACCUGAUGUUGAAUUUGUUAGUGUUCUCGGACGGAAGAUACAUAAGGCAGCUAUGGUGCAGAAACCACCAUUGAGGAACGACUUAUUUCUACCAGGCAGGAUGGCAUAUGUGUUUAAUUUGGACGACGAGUACGAUGAGUCUGAUAUUCCAACGACAACAAUUCGUAGCAAAGCAGACUGUCCACUGAUUGAAAAUCAGACAACUUUGACAACAAAUGAUAUCGUCAUCAACAAGCUUACGCAAAUUUUGUCCUACUUGCGACAAGGGGUACGAGCUUCUAAGAAACUUAAGAAGAGAGAAAAAGAGCUCAUCCGUGCUGGUAAAGAUCCUCGGAUGGAAGAAAGCAUAUUUGCUGAUGCAGGGAAUUAUAAUGCUGACAAUUUUCGAGAUAAUCGAUCACGUGGCAAAAAUCAUCACCGCAGUAGCGCAAAGAGUGGUUAUUUUGGAAACAAUGAGAGAGACACGGAGAGCACACAAUACAACAAAUAUGACACUUCGGUGAAAGAUUUAGUUAAAAAUAUAAAUGAAAGAUACGGAUCAAAGAAUUCAGAGUGGAAAGAGGUUUCUAAAAGUUCGCAUAAAGAGUCGAGUAAAAAGAGCAAACACAAAAGUAAAGAAGUUAUUGACAGUUAUGCAGAAUGUUACCCAGGUGCGAUGGAAAUGAAUGAUGCAGCUGGUGAUAGUGACGAUGACGCUGAUUACUCAAAGAUGGACAUGGGCAACAAAAAAGGUCCACUGAAAAGAUGGGAUUUUGAGAAUGAAGAAGAUUAUAACAGUUAUAUGGAAAAUAAAGAAGCAAUGCCCAAAGCUGCUUUCCAAUUUGGUAUUAAAAUGCAAGAAGGUCGAAAGACCAGGUCUCGUCCUGGUAAAAUUACAGAGAAACAGAAGCUAGACAGAGAAUGGCAACAAAUCAGUAGCUUGAUCGCCAAACGAAAGAGCGAUGGUGGAAGUGGCUAUGGCGGCAAAAAGUCGAAAGGAUAUUAAAUCUGUUGUUACCGAUGACAAGCAGCGUAAUAUUUUGAAGAACUCCAAUAUCUUCACGCCGUGUGAAACUGUAUGCUAAUAGGAUAAUUGUAAAAUAGUUGAGAAAUAUAAACGAACUUUUCAAAUAAAA